GCAUACUCAAACUACUCAUAAUGCAUAAUAAUGGGAAAUGACUAGUGGAUUGUGUUUAUCUAUCGACAGGUGCCACUUCGUCUCUCCCACAUUUAUAAGGAGUAUUUAAAAGAAUUGUUUCAGUUACGAACUUUAUUUACAAUAUAACGCACCAGCGGUAUAUUGCAGAGGUUGAGUUUGGACUAAAGGAUAUGAGAGUACGGUUCAUGUGAAACGUCUAUGCCGUAGGCAUGUCGUCACAGAGCUAAACAAUUCACACAUGGAGGAACAACAAACAUUUGACGCUAUUAAGAAAACUUUAAAUCAAGAUAAUUAUCGCCCUGCAUUAGGAUAACUGCUUUUUUGAAAAUGUAUUUCAUGUUGUUGAGACUAUUAAGUUUGUGCGUGAGAAAGACACACCUAAAAAGGACCCUGUUCCUGUUGUUACUAAUGGCACUCAUGACAAACACUAUGCCAGCCUAUUUCAACGGCCAGUACAGCACCCCAGUGCGGAAUUCAAGAGGCGUUUCUUUAGAUAGACUAAAAAGAAUGGGGCUUCGGAUGAUGUGCCAGGCUCAUCCUAGGAAUUGUCCAUCUGGGUAUAGCAAGAGAAAUGCGAUUCAGCCUACUUCGCGGAAACUAAGCAUGUACGAUGACUUCUAUUGGUGGAUUUGGAAACUAAAAAUAAUUCUAGAUAAGGCUCCAAUUCCCGAGCUCCCAAUAGAUUCUGAUAUUAAUGGAGAAUCCUAUAUUGACUGGGAAAAUUUGGAAUCCGUUCCAACCAAUGUAGAUAAUUAUGAUACGAUAUGAAUUGUCUCAUCCAAUGCCAUGGAAGAAAUUCAUGUCUGCAGUUCAUGAGGAAAGACAAAACGAAAAAACAGUGAACACUGAUUUCCGACAAGAAUUAACGUGGUAAUGGCACAUCAAUAUCUUCGAACAAUGAACCAAAGAGCAGUUAAAACAAUGAGAUUAACAUCAUAUUAAUUGUUAGAUAUCCGUUUUGACCGCCAUUUUUAGCAAACCGUUGAGCAGUACUAAUGGACCAAGUAUUCUGACAAUAGGAGUAAACGCAAUAUUGGCAUACAAAUCUAUAUUUUUAAUUUGCCGAGGUCGAUACAUGGCAAUAGAUACAAAUGUCAUCACCAUUUUGAAUUGAUGUCAGAUAAACAAAAUCAUUAUUUUGCUCUCAGUAUUUUUUGACUUAUGGUUCCUAUAUGAAACUGAUGAAACCAUGAAGAAUACGUUUGUUGUGAUUAAAACAUAAUGGGGAUGUUUACCCAAAUAAUGUUUGAACAACAUUUGUAACACUCUUGUUGGGCCAUUUGACGUAAAAACUUUAAAUAUUGGAAUAAUACGUGCCGUGUAAUGCAAAUCCAUAAAACCAAGAAGCUGCCACCAGUACAGUACAACAUACCUUGAAGUCAUCAAUUUACUAUUGCAUAAAGGAUGUUG